AUGGGUCAGGCUUUUCGUAAACUAUUCGAUACUUUCUUCGGCAAUCAGGAAAUGAGGGUGGUUAUGCUGGGGCUUGAUGCUGCUGGCAAAACAACAAUUCUCUACAAGCUUCACAUAGGAGAAGUUUUGUCAACUGUUCCCACCAUUGGAUUCAAUGUUGAGAAAGUUCAGUACAAGAAUGUGAUGUUCACAGUUUGGGAUGUUGGUGGCCAAGAAAAACUGAGACCUCUUUGGAGGCACUACUUCAAUAAUACCGAUGGACUUAUAUACGUGGUAGACUCUUUGGACCGAGAGAGGAUUGGGAAAGCAAAGCAAGAAUUUCAGGAGAUCAUAAAAGACCCGUUCAUGCUCAACAGUAUCAUUCUGGUGUUUGCAAACAAACAAGACAUGAGAGGAGCCAUGUCACCGAGAGAAGUAUGUGAAGGGUUGGGCUUAUUUGAUCUCAAGAACAGGAAAUGGCACAUACAAGGAACUUGUGCUCUACGUGGAGACGGGCUUUAUGAAGGCUUGGACUGGUUAUCAUCUACGCUUAAAGAUGUCAAAGCCGCUGGUUUCACGUCCGUUGGACCCUCGUUUUAA